AUGACGACACGACGCCCGGGCCUGCCCGCGCGCACCUCGGCGGCCUCGCUGCACCCGCGCCCGACGACGACGGCUCCGGCGCCGGGGCAGCCUCCGAAUGCGACGAGCUACGUGGCGGUGGUCCUGGCGGGGCCGGGCGAGGGCCUGUUCCCCCUGGUGAACACGCUCCCGACGGCGGGCGGCGAGGAGCCGGGGCUGGCGAAGGCGGCGCUGCCGGUGCUGAACCGGCCGAUGGUGGACUUCGUGCUGGACUGGGUCGCCGACAGCGGGCUGUCCGAUGUGCUGCUGCUCGCCGCCGAGGGCCAGCGCGCCUGUCUCGCCGCGGCCACUAGGACCCGCAAGCCCGCCCUCGCCGUCCGGCUCGAAUGCAUCCCCGACAGCGACGCCGCGGGCCUCGGCACCGCCGACACGCUGCGCUGGGCCAUCCAGCGCGGACUCAUCACGACCGCCUUCGUCCUCUUGCCCUGCGACCUCUACUUCCAACUCCGCCCGCCCGCCGCCAGCCCGAUGUGUGCCCAGACCGAGCCGAUCUACGACCGCUCGCUGCUCUCGAUCGUCGAGCGACACCGGACGAGCCAGGUCCUGCUGACGACGGUGUUCUACGAGCGUCAGGCGAACACGCUGGAUGUCCGGGACGGCCCCGGCCUCGCCCUGGUCACGCUCGAUCCGCGCUCGGGCGUGCUGCUCAACCUGCAGGAGCUCGACGGCUUCGGCGCCCAGAUGCUCGUCCGCAUGGCCUUGGUCGACCGCUUCCCCACCGCCGUCCUCUCCAGCUCCCUCGUCCCCGCCCACGUCUUCGUCUGCUCCCCCGCCGUCAUCGACCUCCUCCAAGGCCUGCCCCAGCUCGCCAGCUUCAAACACCAGUUCGUGCCCUGGCUCGCCAAGAACCAGUGGCAGCCCGGCCUCCUCAAGAAAACCGCCCUCGCGUCGACCAAGCUCGACGGGCCCUUGGACCCCCUCACAGCCGCGCUGCAACGCUCGAGCACGAACCCGACGCCCCAGGACUGGAAGACGGGCGGGAAGCGGGGCGAGCGGACGCCGCUGACGGCCGCGUCGACGCCGCCGAUCUCGCGCACCUUCAGCUGUCUGUCGCUGGACGGCCGGGCCGACCCGCUGAGCCACGGCGCGCUCUCCGCCGCCCUCGCUUCGCCGGCCCCGAACGCCGCCGGGUUCCGCUGCGACUACGUGCUCUGGAGGGCCUGCGACGGCUUCGUGUGUCGCGCGAACUCCGUGCCCGCGUACGCCGAGAUCAACCGCACCGCACUGAAGCUCGAGCACGAGCGGCUCCAGACCCUCGCGCCCCGGCCCUCGGGCCCGCCGCCGCCGGGCACCGGCACCGCGGGCGCGGACUCCCUGGUCGCCCCAGGCGCGAGUCUGCUCGACAAGGCGAGCGUCAAGAAGAGCGUGGUCGGGCGGGGGUGCGUGGUGGGCCGGGCGGCCAAGGUGGUGAACUCGGUGCUCAUGGACCGGGUCUCCAUCGGCGAACACGCCAAGAUCGAGAACUGUGUGCUCGCCACCGCCGUCGUCAUCGGCGAUCGCGUCGAGCUGAAGGACUGCGAGGUCGAGAGCGGGACCGUGAUCGAGGCCGACUUCGUCACGAAGGGCGAGAAGAUCGCACGGAGCUAG